AUCUAGAAAUAGCAGAAUUUUUGAGACUCCAAUGAGUCAAAAUGAACGUCAACAGCCACGUUGUCUUGAGGAAAGGUUAAGAUUGAGACACGGAGAAAGAUUUGAUCCUUUGCCGACUAUUCUUAUGAGGAAGUAUAUAAGCUAUGCUAGAAAGAACGUGCAGCCUAAAUUGACAAAAGAGGCUGCUGAGGAAAUAAAAAGAUUCUAUUUGGUCUGA